UAAAAAUGGAAGCAGCAGGAGCGUUGGCGAGCUUGGCACCGUCACCUAUUACCGUACUGGGGCUAAUCCCACUGCUGGCACUCGGCAUCACGUACUUCAGAUAUCAGCAAUACGACCCAGAGUCGUAUAUAACGGAUAUUAAUACUAUAAUGCCGAUCUACGACUUCGUAAUAGUCGGGGGAGGUUCAGCCGGCGCUGUAGUCGCCUCGCGACUCUCCGAGAUCGGCAACUGGAGCGUACUGUUACUUGAAGCCGGCCAGGACGAAAAUGAAAUAUCUGACAUCCCAGCCCUAGCAGGGUACACACAGCUAUCUGAAAUGGAUUGGAAAUUCCAAACGACACCAUCCAAGAACCUUUCCUACUGCCUCGCUAUGAAUGGUGACCGGUGUAACUGGCCUAGAGGCAAAGUUCUCGGUGGUUGCAGUGUCCUUAACGCUAUGGUAUAUGUAAGAGGCAAUCGCAAUGAUUACGACCUGUGGGAAGCUCUAGGAAAUCCCGGUUGGUCUUACGACCAAGUGUUACCCUACUUUUUGAAGUCCGAAGACAAUCGAAAUCCCUAUUUAGUGAACACGCCUUAUCAUUCAGAAGGCGGGUAUUUGACGGUCCAAGAAGCACCGUGGCGAACACCGUUAUCUGUUACUUUUUUAAAAGGUGGCAUGGAACUGGGUUAUGAUUUUCGCGAUAUAAACGGCGCGAAACAAACUGGUUUUAUGCUGACGCAGGCAACUAUGCGACGAGGAAGUAGGUGUAGUACGGCAAAGGCUUUUCUCCGACCAGUUCGUAACAGAAAUAAUCUACACAUUGCCCUAGGAGCUCAAGUCACGCGUAUAUUAAUUAAUAGUGCGAAAAAACAAGCUUAUGGCGUAGAGUUUUAUCGUAACGGUGAAAAACAUAAAGUAAGGAUCAAGAGAGAAGUUAUUAUGUCGGCGGGGACGUUAGCUACUCCACAGAUUAUGAUGCUGAGCGGGAUCGGUCCUGCAAACCAUUUACGAGAACAUAACAUACCGUUAGUUGCUAAUCUCAAAGUCGGACACAACUUACAAGAUCAUGUUGGCCUGGGUGGGUUAACUUUCGUCGUAAACAAGCCUGUUACAUUUAAAAAGGACCGUUUUCAGUCUUUUUCAGUGGCCAUGGACUACAUUCUUCAUGAGAAAGGUCCGAUGACAACUCAAGGCGUGGAGGGUUUAGCCUUCGUUAAUACAAAAUAUGCUCCACCUUCAGGACAAUGGCCUGACAUACAAUUUCAUUUCGCCCCGAGCUCUGUAAACUCGGAUGGUGGAGAACAAAUACGAAAAAUAUUGAAUUUACGCGACCGAGUUUACAAUACUGUUUAUAAGCCCAUAGAAAAUGCGGAGACCUGGACGAUACUACCAUUACUGCUUCGCCCAAAGAGUUCCGGGUGGAUCAAAUUAAAGAGUAAAAAUCCCUUUCAACCACCAUCAAUCGAGCCUAAUUAUUUCGCAUUCAAAGAGGAUAUAAAAGUACUCACGGAAGGUAUAAGAAUUGCAUUUGCUUUAUCAAACACGACUGCAUUUCAAAGAUAUGGAUCACGACCCCAUAAUAUUCCAUUACCUGGAUGCCAACAGCACCAGCUCUUCAGUGACGAGUACUGGGAAUGCAGCCUUAAGCAUUUUACGUUUACAAUUUACCACCCAACUGGGACUUGUAAGAUGGGUCCAAAUCAUGACCAAGAUGCUGUAGUUGAUCCUAGGUUAAGGGUCCACGGAGUAGCGAAUCUAAGGGUCGUGGACGCUAGUGUAAUGCCCACUAUUAUCAGCGGGAACCCUAACGCACCCGUUGUUAUGAUAGCAGAGAAAGCCUCUGAUAUGAUAAAGGAAGAUUGGCAGGUGUUAUGACAGUGUUUAGUGUGCGUAUAGUCAUUGGAUGCUAAAGAACUAUUUAUGUUACAAGGUACUUUUAGUUG